AUGGCUUUUGCUCAGAUUUUGUGGACUGUAGUAUCAUGGCUCUAUAUUGUCUCGACAUCUUUGCUGUUGGCAUGGAUGGCUUAUUAUGAUUUCAGAAGGACUCACACCCCUCCAGGACUAAAACAGCGUGCGAAACUGCGAAUCUUUAAUAUGAUAAUUAAUUUUAUAUUUGGGAUGGGACUCCUUCUGGAAAAACUCGGCAUUUGCAGUCAGACUACUGUGUUGAGGAUGUUUUUCGGUGGAUUUCCAUCAAUGGCGGAUCCAGAUCUGUACAUCAAGGAUGUGUAUUUUGAACAUGUGCCAGUCAGAGUUUAUUGGCCCAAGAAGAUACCUGCUGGGAACAAAAGAGGAAUACUCUAUAUCCAUGGAGGAGUCGGUCAACUGGGAACCAUUCGCACCUACGAAAGGGUAUGCCGCCACUUGGCCAAAGAAAGCGAUUCGGUGGUUGUGAAUAUUGGAUAUCGCUUAUCUCCUGAGUAUCCACCUCCAGUUCAGAUGAAGGACUGUGUGACAGCCGCAGUACACUUUAUGAAGAAUGCGAGGUAUUACAUAGUGAACCCUAACUGCAUUGUUGUGGCUGGGGACAGCAGUGGAGCUACAACCGCCGCAGCGGUUUGCCAAGAAUUGGCGUGCAGAGCGGAUCUCCCAAGGGUCCGAGCCCAGGUCUUGAUUUAUCCAUUCCUCCAGGCAGUGGACUUUAGUUUGCCAUCCUAUCAGCAAAACCAUUCUAUUCCCAUUUUGUUCAAGAAACGGGCUAUCAGUCUAGGUUUCAGGUAUUUCAGUCUAGGCUUCAGGUAUGAUUUAGAAGGACUUAUAAAGAGUGCCCAUAUCCCAGAUGACAUGAAGGUGAAGUACAAGAAAUGGAUCAGUGCCGAACACAUUCCAGACGAGUUUAAGGUCAGAGGCUACGUCCCAGAAACACCUGCUCCGUUUUCGGAAGAGCUUGGUCAACUGUGCGCACCAGCUUUAGAGACAUGGUUUUCCCCACUUUUAGCUGAAGAUGAGAUUAUACGCCGGCUCCCCGAGGCUUUCCUUUUGACUUGUGAGUAUGAUGUUCUCAGGGACGAUGGACUUCUGUACAAGAAACGGCUGGAGGACAAUGGAGUGCCCGUCACCUGGUGUCACAUUCAAGAUGGCUUCCAUGGAAUAGCCUAUUUAAUUGGCCUUGGGCCAUUAAAGUUCCCAAGCACACUAGUUGCUAUGAAGAAGAUAAUAAGUUUUUUGCAAGGGUUAUCAUAA